AUGGACGACGUACGUCAGAAGGAAGCGGCUGGUUUUAAUACCACCAUUACGGACCUGUGGGGAAGGGGACUUUCAUUCCAACUGUUCAAUGCAUCGACCGGUGGUCCAGGUUAUACAUACUCGAGCGUAGCACAGAAUUGGGACUUCCAGUCGGCGUUAGCACCGCUGCCAAUUGUUGUAGCAUUAGAGCGAGAACCAAACCAGCUCUUGAUCCCCUCAAACUCUACGGUCUAUGAGAUAACGCCUUGGGAAAUCGGCUCAUUCGAUUCUCCUAUUGCUGCAUUCGCUCCACUCCAAUACGUUGGGUCUGGGUUCCGAGCGGGGACCGUCCCCGAAAAUGAAAGCUGCAUUUCAGGAUUUGACAACGCGGGCUUCGUAGUGGGCACCUCAUCUUCACUUUUCAACCAAGCAUACUUGCAAAUCAAUAACACCGACAUUCCUCAACGGGUGCGAGACUACAUCGCCGAAAAAUUAGAGGAGACGGGGCAGGAGAACAAGGAUGUGUCUAAUUGGGUGAAUCCUUUCUAUCGAUACAAGGAAGAGAAGAACAUGAACGCUGAUAGUAAAGUCCUAUCCCUUGUUGAUGGCGGAGAGGAUCUGCAGAACAUUCCACUUCAUCCAUUGCUCCAACCCCUUCGCGGACUGGACGUUAUAUUCGCCGUCGACGGCUCAGCAGACACCGCUUUCCCCGGAGCGUAUUGGCCGAACGGGACCGCACUUUUGGCAACCUACCAGCGAUCGCUGCUUAAGACGGAAUCUUCGCUCCCGUUCCCAUCAAUACCGGAUCAAAACACUUUUGUAAAUCUUGGUCUCAAUUCACGGCCCACGUUUUUUGGUUGCGACACGAAGAACAUGACAGAGCUGAGCCCGCUCAUUGUAUAUAUUCCAAACUACCCCUAUACUUACAACUCAAAUAUAUCGACCUUCCAACUGGAGACAAACAACACUGAGCGAGAUUUGAUCAUCCAAAAUGGACGCACACACUUAUCGAAUUCAACUUCUUUGACGCCAGUAGCCAGGAGCGUCCUCCUCUCUCGUACGAGACCUCUGAAAGAUGUUGCAAUGUCUUUCUAUCAACCCAAAGACGAAAUUCUCAGCUGUGGCUCGGAAGGUUGUGGCCCAAGUGCAACCCCUUUCGACAAAAGCGUAGAGGCUGGCGCUCUAAGAAGUCCGGAAGUGAAAGAUGCGGCGCCCUCCCACGCUAUGGCUGCGGAUAGGGAUGCGGGAAAACGGACAGAGCUCACAUGCAUCGCCACUGAACUUCCCGACCUUGACUUUGGCGAUCCCGUUCUGGAUCCUAGCAAUCCAGAUUUCGACGUUUACAAAUGGGCGCAAACUGUCAUGCGUGUUGCUGAUCGAGCAGGAGUCAAGUUCCGUCGCGUUUCCUUUGCAUUCAGAAGACUCGUCGUAUUGGGCUCUGGAUCUACAGCACGUUUCCAGACGAACGCAGCAUCGAUCUUCAUGGCUCCAUUUCGGGCGCACGAGUAUCUUAAUAUUGGAAAUAAACCUGGGAGACUUAUAUUAAACGGCUUUGAUGGCGUGGCGAAAUCUGGUGAAAUGCUAUUGGUUCUGGGGCGCCCCGGCAGUGGCUGUUCCACCUUUCUGAAAACCGUAUCAGGCGAGCUUCACGGGUUGAAGGUGGACCCAGAUUCUGAGUUCGCCUACAACGGCAUCCCCCAGGAGGAGAUGAUUCGUGAACAUAAAGGGGAGAUCAUCUACAACUCGGAAGUCGACAAACACUUUCCACAUCUGACACGUGUCAGCAUCGCCGAGAUGAUAUUAGCAGCCUCGUCGAUCGGCUGUUGGGACAACAGCACGCGCGGGCUGGAUUCUUCAACCGCUCUCGAGUUCGUCCGUACCUUGAGAACGAGUGCUGAUAUUUUUGGGACCACACAUGCCGUUGCUAUCUACCAAGCAUCUCAAGCCAUUUACACUGUCUUUGACAAGGUUAUGGUUCUUUAUGAGGGACGUGAGAUCUACUUUGGACCCACGGAAGAGGCGAAGGCCUACUUCGAAGAAAUGGGCUGGUACUGCCCACCACGUCAGACAACCGCCGACUUUCUCACCUCUGUCACGAGCCAUGAACAGCGACGACCGCGUCAGGGUUUUGAGACUCUAGUGCCGCGGACUUCUGAAGAAUUCGAACAACACUGGAGAACGUCACAAGACUACAAGAAACUUCUAGCGGAGAUACAACAGCACGAGCGUGAACUCUCUAAUCAUGUCGCUGUUGACGAGUUCAGAGCAUCACGCCGGGCCGCUCAAUCGCAGCAUCUGCGAGUCAAAUCUCCCUAUGUUGUCAGCAUUCCAAUGCAGGUCAAAGCAUGUAUCACACGUGCGCAUCGGCGGCUAUGGAAUGACAAGGCAUCAACACUGACAGUGGUGUUUGGGCAAGUCAUCAUGGCGCUUGUCGUUGGCUCCGUCUUCUAUGGAACACCAGAAAAUACGGACAGCUUUUUCGCGAAAGGGUCAACAUUGUUCUUCGCUACCCUACUUAAUGCCCUCAUCGCCGUCACUGAGAUCAACGGUUUAUACCUACAGAGGCCAAUUGUUGAAAAACAUGCUUCUUAUGCCUUUUGCCACCCAUCUGCUGAAGCUUUCGCCGGCAUUGUGUCCGAUGCGCCGGUCAAGCUCGUCAUCGCAACCUGUUUCAACCUGAUCCUGUAUUUCCUGGCGGGCCUUCGCCCAGAGCCCUCCCAGUUUUUUAUCUUCUUCCUUUUCACCACUUUGGUCAGAUUCAGCAUGUCAGCGAUGUUCCGGACCGUGGCCGCGUGCACGAGGACGAUCUCACAGGCUCUAGCCAUAGCGGGUGUUCUGGUAUUGGCUAUCGUGAUCUACACUGGAUAUACCAUUCCCCGUGCAUAUAUGCACCCGUGGUUCAAAUGGCUCGCCUGGAUAAAUCCUCUGGCAUAUGCGUUCGAGGCGCUCAUGGUGAACGAGUUUCAUGGAAGAGAGUUUCCCCUCGUUCCAUCAUAUUUCAAUUUGACCGGCGAGACCUUCAUCUGUCCGACCGCGGGCGCUGUCGCAGGACAGGAAAGUGUCUCCGGCGACGCCUAUGUCAUGAGUCAGUUUCAAUACAGUUACUCACACAUUUGGCGUAACCUUGGGAUCGUGAUCGCGUUCUGGACGUUUUUCCUCGCAACCUAUCUACUUGCGACGGGAAUGAACUCGUCCACAUCGAGCACGGCAGAAGUUCUAAUCUUCCUGCGAGACCACAAGACAACGCCUGUCGGGGAAGCCACAGAGCACGUUGGUGAUACUGACGGCCAGCCUGGCCUUCCAGUGGUAUGCGCCGAUCCUAAUAAAGUCCAUACAAGGGAAGAUGGGCUUGUUCCGCUGAAAAAAAGCGUUUUAAAUUGGUGUGAUGUCGUCUACGAUAUCCGCAUCAAAGGAGAAACCCGAAGGUUGUUGGAUCACGUUUCUGGGUGGGUCAAACCAGGUACACUGACAGCGUUGAUGGGAGUAUCCGGUGCGGGCAAGACAACGCUUCUCGAUGUUCUUGCCCAGCGUAUCUCUGCCGGAGUUGUCACUGGAGAUAUAUUAGUCAACGGAAAGUCAUUGGAGCCCAGUUUCCAAAGAAGGGCCGGCUAUGUCCAGCAGCAAGAUGUUCAUCUUGAGACAUCCACAGUCCGUGAAGCAUUGCGUUUUAGCGCUCUGCUACGGCAGCCUGCGUCAGUGUCGACAAAAGAGAAGUAUGCCUAUGUUGAAGACGUUAUCAAGGUUUGCGUCCCACUGAUUCCACUUUCUAAAGCUAUGUUAACUACAUCGAAGAUGCUCGACAUGGAAGACUUUUCAGAAGCCAUAGUCGGUGUACCUGGACAAGGUCUCAAUGUUGAGCAGCGGAAGCGGCUUUCCAUUGGUGUUGAACUGGCGGCCAAGCCAGCUCUUCUGAUCUUUCUCGAUGAGCCGACAAGUGGCCUUGAUGCACAAAGCUCAUGUGCCAUUGUCGGGCUGCUCCGGAAACUCGCUAAUAGUGGGCAGGCGAUCCUUGCCACCAUUCAUCAACCCAGCUCUAUUCUGUUUCUAGAAUUCGACUGCCUGCUUUUCCUUGGCAAGGGUGGGAAAACUGUAUACUUCGGCGACAUAGGUUCUAACUCAAAGACACUCCUCACAUACUUCGAACGACACGGAGCCAGACCUUGCGGUGCGUCGGAAAAUCCUGCCGAAUACAUUCUGGAAAUGGUGACAGCCAGAGCAAGUGAUGGAUCUGAACAGACUUGGCCGGACAUAUGGAGGGCGAGUGCAGAACUCGCAGCUGUCCAGACCGAGCACAAGCGCAUUCGUCAGGAUAUGAACAGCAUGAGCAGUAGAUCUACAGGCGGCUGUGAUCAAGAUGAGUUUGCCACGCCCUUAUCUACCCAGAUCUUUUAUAACACCAUUCGGGCCUUCCAACAAUACUGGCGCAGUCCUUCCUAUAUCUGGGGUAAAUUCCUGCUUGGUGGAGUUUCAGCCUUAUUCAUUGGGUUCUCCUUUUUCCAGUCGAAUCAUUCUCUUCAAGGCAUGCAAAAUGCUGUAUUUAGCAUUUUUAUGCUGACCUCUAUUCUCAGCUCGCUCGUUCAACAGGCUAGUCGACCGAACGUGCUGAAUUCUUGCAUUGCUGACCUAGACCCAGAUAAUGCCCCGCUUCAUCCAGCAAAGGUCACUCUAUGA